CUCGCUCUCUCUCUCUCUCCCACAUAUACACACACACGCAUUUUACAGCAGUUCGUCCGUAGAUGAUGUGGAAGCCGCCGGAGAAUAAAGAGCUCGUACUUUAGAGUCAGGCAGCGCCAGCGCAAAACUCCCUUCCCUUGGCAGAAAGCGGAGGAGACAGGAGGGGGAAAGACAGAAAAUAAAAACAGUAAAGGUCUCUGAGAGAUUUUCUGUGAGAAAAGGGAGGUUGGAGAAGAGAAGCAAUGGACAGCCUGCAGGAUGCUUCCCCGUGCUCUGCCGGCCAGUGGCUAGCGGCUCUGCUGCUGAGUCUGUGCUGUUUGUUGACCACUUGCCUCCCGGCAGCAGCUCAAAGCGUGGAUUUCCCCUGGCCAGCUGAGGACAACGUCGUGGUGCGACAGGGAGACACGGCCAUCCUCAGAUGCUAUCUUGAAGACGGUGCUUCAAAGGGCGCAUGGUUGAACCGGUCCAGUAUCAUCUUUGCGGGGAACGACAAAUGGUCUGUGGACCCACGUGUGUCAAUCGUAUCAGGCAUUAAACAAGAAUAUAGUCUUCAGAUUCAGAAGGUUGAAGUCACUGAUGAUGGCCCAUAUACCUGUUCAGUCCAGACACAAUACAAUCCCAAGACAUUACAAAUGCAUUUGAUAGUGCAAGUUCCUCCAAAGAUUCUUGACAUCUCUACUAACUGUGUUGUGAAUGAAUUCAGCAAUGUCACUCUUUUCUGUGAGGCAAAUGGAAAACCAGAGCCCACCAUAACUUGGAAGCAUAUAUCACCAUCAGCAAAAGAUUUUAUCAGCGAAGGUGAAUACCUUGAGAUUUCUGGAAUUACUCGGAACCAAGCUGGAGUCUAUGAAUGUAUCGCAAACAACGAUGUGUCAAUUUCAGACACACGAACAGUUCGCAUUACAGUGAAUUACCCUCCAGCAAUAAAGGAAAUUAAGAGUCCUGGGAUGGUCCUUGGUAAAGUUGGGCUAUUGAGAUGUGAGGCUUUUGCAGUUCCUGCAGCAGCUUUUGAAUGGUACAAGGGAGACAAAAGGUUGGCCUCCGGCAGGCAAGGAAUUCAUAUCAAGAACUUCAACACCAGAUCUAUCCUCACUGUUACUAACAUUACAGAGGAUCACUAUGGCAACUACACAUGCGUGGCUGCCAAUAAGCUAGGGACAAGUAGUGCCAGUCAUUUUCUACACAUGCCAUCCAAAGAAAAACAUGGAAUCCCUGGUGGUGCUGAAGUUAUUUUAUCCUGGUGUUACCUGGUGAUGGGACUAUCCUUCCUGGUCAGCACAUACUAGCAGAGGGGAAACUUGCCAGCCACAAUGAACGUGAGUGGGAAAGCAUGAAGAAGUUCAAGAAUCACUUCCAAGUGCUGGGAACUGGAAACAAUCUGGUACAGUUCAUUCACAGAAAGUGUGAGAAUCAAUCAGCAGUACAAACACAGGGAUGUGAAACUUUCCUAGAAUUACUGAUCAUGUAAAUGUCUAAAUUAUAUUCUUUACAGGUCUUCAUCAAGAUUUAACAUUGAACUCAUUGUCCUCAAUCAAGCUUUGUAGGCUGUGGAGUUACUUUUUGAAACAUAAUAUUGUAUUAUCUUGCAUAAAAGCUGAAAUGCUUCACAAUUCACAUUAGCCGCCCCUCCUCUCUGCAUUAAGGUGCUGGUUACAUGCAAGAAAAAUUAUGGCACGCAUGAGAUAUUAUAGCCUAUAAUAUGAUUUUGUAUGCAUAAUUUCAUCAUAACUCUACUGGGCAUUCAAUGGAAACAGGCCUUGUGUAUAUAAUGUUCCAAAGUUUUAACAAGUUUAUCCAAAUAUAUAAAUCAGGAAGAACACAUUUUUGCAACAGAACAGACUGGUAUAAGAGAGGAAUCCAUUUCAAUUAAUUUGUCAUUUUUCUGUAAACUUAACAUAAUCCAGAUUUCCUCUAAAAUACCUUAUAGUUAAAGAACACUUGAAUUCAAGAAAAUGAGAAAGAAUAGGGAUAUUGCAGUUGUGCAAUAGUAGUGAGCUGCUUCACAGCUCCUGUGAUCUGAUUUCAGUCCUGACCUCUGCACUGUUUAUGCUCACUUUCUCCCGAUCAUUGCAUGGAUCUCCCUUCAGUGCUCUGGUUUCCUCCCACAUCACAAAGACAAGUGGGUAGAUUAGCUUGGUGCUGUAAACGGCACCUAGUGUAAGUGUAGAGGGGUAAUUUUCUGGGUACAUGAGGGAAAAUGGAUUACAGGUAAAGUUAAGUGGGAGAAUGGGACUAAUGGAAAUCCUUGGAGAGCCAGCAUAGACUUGAUGGGCCGAAUGGUCUUCAACAUGGGAAGGAAAAUGCAGGGAAUAUGGGAAUAGAUCAGUCAUCUAUUGUAAUUUACCCCCUUCCGUUUUUCCCUUCGUAUUGACAUUUUUCAGUGUUCUUGUUGGGUCGAGUCCCAUAAUGAUUUUAGAAUAUUUCAUAUUUCCCUACAACAGAGAAGGAGGUGAUCUGGUCCAAUAAGUCAGUGCUGGCCCUCAGAGCCAUGUCAUCAAUCCCAUUCUGCAGCGUCCCUGUAAUUUAUUCUCCUUCAUGCACUUACACACUCAUUAAUUGCAGUCUAAUUCUCAAACCACCUUAGCAAGGCUAGGGGGUCAUUCAUGGGGCAGUUAAAUACCAGCUAGCAUGUCUUGGAAUGUGGGGCAGCAUAAAAACUUGAAAAUGCUAGAAAUAGGAAAUUGUAAUACUUUUGGGUAGAAGUAGCAACAAAACGAGAUCAUCUCUAUUUGAAAGGAGACUUGGGCCAGAAUCACAACUGAUCUCUAUAUGAGAGUGAGAACCUCGAACAGAUCUAAUUCUAAUCUGAUCCCAACCAAAAUAUUAGACUUCAUUUAUUUUCCAGCUAAUGAUAACCAUUUACUAUUUUCUUUUCAUUGUAGAAUAAAUGAGAUUUGUUUUCAUUCAUAUUUUGCAUUUAAGAUUUAACUCUGUAUAUACUCCCGGUUUAUACUGUAGAUGGGCUGAUCAUACUGAAUGAAUUUGUGGCUUAAGUACCAAUUGCGUGGACUGUCUCUAUAUCAGCAUUUACAUUUACAAGUUGUGAUCUGUGUGAAUUUGCAGCACAUAAAAUCAACAUGUAUUAGUUUGUGAAAGUUAACAAAUACUACUGCCUUUUCAAAGUUUCAGCUCAUUCUAGAGGUAGAAAAUGUAAAAGUCAAAGUUUGCCGCUAUAUGUUAACAAGAAUUCUACCAUUCAAUUAUGUAUUUCACCAAGUGAUUACAAAUCCAGUUGGAACAAAGCAAAGUCUUAAAUCCAGGCUUCAUGAUGUCAGAGAAAAGAAUCUGCAAAAUUCUAAGGCUUUUAUAUGUUCAUGACAUAACUCAAAAAGUAACAGAGCCCUGAAGAGAAUCUGUUUUCCAAUAAUGUCUUCUUCACUGAACCAGGCAAUGUUUUAAUUAACUGUUGCUCCAUUCAGAAAAACAGCUGGAAUAUCAAAUGUUUCCUUCAUUGAAGAACAAAAAUAACCAAUAAAACAAAUCUGAAUAUUUGAAAGAUUGAGAUGAAUGUGAGUUAGAAAAGCAAAAUAGUAUUCAAUGGGGGAACUAUGAUAAAUAUUCUUCCUUUAUCAUUUUAAUUUAUUAAAGUGGAACUAACUUUAUCCACAUACUUAAAGCUUAUAUAAUUUGAUUCCUUUGGCAUUUGUGGUUAGCCAAAUGACCAUGGAGCAUCAUUUGUUUCCAAUGACAUCAUAAAGAAUAUGUUUUCUAUUGCCCAGCUGCCAACCUAAAUCCUCAUUUGAUGAUCAAUUUUGCAUCUUUAUGAAUGAGCAUUUAGAUAGUUUUAAUUACAGUACUCAUGGAAGGUGGAAGUGAAGCCAAAUAGUUGUAAAACAUUUAUAAUUGUGAUAACCUCAAUGGAAGAAGUGAUACAGUUAGUCACCUUUUUAAUCAUUUUAUCUUUUGCAACAAAUCUUUGUUUCAAGAAGAUUACAUUCACUUUAUUGUAUUGAACAACUGUAAUAAUGCAGAAUGAUGAAACUAUUUAUAAAGUGCCCUAUAAUAAAGGUGUAGAAUGGA